AUGUGUUUCGCCCACGAACACAACCACGACGGCACAGACCAGAUCAUUUCUCAGUUUCCCGAGAAACACGCCACGUGGAGGGACUGUAGUACUGAGUACCUCGGAUCCCCAUCUGUGCCUGUGUAUAUCGUGAUUGCUCUGACGUUAUCAUGUCUGUUACACCAUAGCAACGGGGCGACAGUAACCAACACCCACCAUAGCAACGGGGUUACAGUAGCCAACACCCAUCAUGUAACUCCGAAGCCGACACAUAAACCUGUUCACCACGUGAACCAUCGACCGACCACACCCACCACUACAAUGGACCCGAUGGACGUGCAACUAGGUGGCGCACGUCAGACAUUAGAGGGGCUGGCUCGCCAGCUGGUAAUGCAACAGUUAGGGGUGGAGGAACGUAUCCGAUCGGAUGGAGACUCGGGUAUCAAGCAGUCGAUGCUCCGACACAAAGGCACGCGACCCUACCUCAACGAUGAUGUGACUCGUUUUCCAGCGGUUUUCUACGAUUUGCCUUAUAAUCGGGACCAGCAUAUCAUCAAUACAAACAUAUUCGUCUUAAAUGGUGUAGAGUUCAAAAUACCAUCCCAGAGAUACAAAUUGGUUAUGCCGAGUAAAAAUAGUCAUGACUGGCACAAAACAGAACCCAUUCCCUACCCAAGGGUGCCUCCUUCCGUUCUCGCCAAACAUAACGUUAGCGACCAGAUUGCUGAGAUGCAACAGUACUUCAGGGCAUUUAAAUACCAGGAUACCAAGAUACGCAGCGACUAUGCCGAUUAUUUCAAACCCGUGUUAUGUUAUUUAGAGGGAACGUGGUUAGACGGAGCAGCCCAUGAUCAGAGGCGGUGGAUGAGCGAAGCGCUAAGUAUCGAAUUUUUAUCCGCCGAUGGACUGGAAACUGGCCAGACUUUUAACCCGACCAAGAUCAUGACCGUUACCAAUGGCACAGCCCUGUAUGCACAUUGGAAUGCACGUAUCGUAUGCCAUCCAAUCCAACAGGAAUUAAAACUAGCAUCCUUCUACAUCAAAGAUGACCUGGCCACUAGAUUAUCGUUCAAAAAAAGUUUGUAUGAUUUUGCGAAGUCGAAAUCCGCCCGAUUUGACUUAAUAGAGUUUGGUAGAAGACCUCGUGGGUUCUUGGCAGAUCUUGGCCACGGGGAAGGCCUUCCAACCUUCUCUCACUAUUCCACAUUAGAUGCCAUCAUGGAGGAGAUUCCUGGCAAAGAUAACUAUCCAGUCAAUAUAACGGGUGGUGAGUUUGGUCUGACCACAUACAACGCACAUUUCCCCCGAAAUAACACAAAGCUCAACAUAGGAAAAUACCAUCACUGGUACCGCGUGCUGCAGAAGGGAGCCAUGGGUACCACUGUUAUCAAUCGUGGUUACGCGGACCGAACUUUGUGGGUAGCUGCCAAUACACAACAUAAUGUCGCGGCUCUUUCUUAUAGGUCCUGCCAUCGGGACAGGACCACACACAAAAAUGUGUGCACUGCCGACACAGCCCGAUAUUCUUAUGCUAUCCCGUUAGAAAUCAUUUGGCUGACGCCACUCUUGACUUGGAAUCCGUACAACUUGGCGUACAUCGCCGGGGACGUACACAAGAACCCGGCAAACACUAUUACAGCAAAUGGACGCGAUGGUCACACGCCAGAGAAAGCAUUGAAUGGUACAAACAUGGGCAACUUCUUUCAAACUCCUGCCGAAUUCUUCAGUCAUGCGAGCGGGAGGCGUUAUGUUAUGGAUAGAACUGGCCAUACUCAUUCCGUGGUACCGUCUGGCACUGAGACUGUUCUGAGGGAUAUUCCUGCAGUCGGGACCGUGCGUCUUCGGUAUCCAGUGGUACCGACACAUUAUGAGGGUAAUGUGAUCUACAAAGAGUUGGAUGCGCUUAAAGAUCUUGUAAUGAACAUGGCUACCAAUGCCAAGUAUUUCCGAGAAAAACCAACCGCUUUACAAAGUAUCGCCAACCCCACACGCCACGAGGAGCAUUACCAGACAUCUUCGUCUUCAGCCGUGUCUCAAGCCGGACUUCAUAAGCACGACGUAUUCUUGUCUCAAGAUGACGUGGCAGCGCUCAUUAAAGGUCAAACAGUGGCGGUAUAUACCACACUCAACAACGGCCAUCAGCACGUGCUGGAGAUCUACCUGUACGCGAGGGGACACACCUCACACACAAACCUACUUCGGGUGUCAUUGUGUGACGGAAAGGUCCAGUGUGGGGACGGCCAUUCCAACAUUCUCUAUUACAAACGGUAG